AUGGCAUGGCAUCUUAUUUUGGACAAAAUUCGAGUGUCCAAAUCCCUUGCCUCGACUCAAAGAAACGGAACAGAAGUGGAAGCAAGCAAAUCUAGUCAGUUGAUUAAACAGCUCAAUGUGAAGAAUUCUGGGUGGUCGGAGUUGGCCAAGUGCCCUAAAGAAGAGGGGCAAGGUCAGUCCUGUUUCUUUGGACUUACGAAGUCGGCGGCUCGGCGCAUAGUCUCCGGCGCCGGAUCACGUGAGCUAAUCAGUGGAAUUAGAUAUUCAUGUAAUGGCAAACUACAAAAGGAGAUGUGGAAAGAAGACAGAAGAAUAAUACAAUUUAAAUAUGCUAUAGGGGUUCAAACAUCCUUCUCUACCUGCUCAACAUCCCAUUUCAAAUCCUGUCGCUGA